AGGAGCAGCUGAAGUGAGCGAGGUGUUUUCAGCUCAUGUGACACAGAUCCUGUAAGCAGGUGUAAUCUUCAUCCCCUUCUCGUCUCCCAGGGAUUCUCUACAGGGAUUAUUGCAGACCUGAGGUCAGAGCGGCACAUUCUGCACAGGUAAACACAAAGAAAGGCAAGAAGAAGAGCUGAGGAUGUGUGUUUGGAGGCACCGGGUCGCAGCCUAAUGGAGUAGAACCAGUCCACCGUCCCACUGGCUCCUCCAUGCCUGCUGCUCAGUGCUAACUUGCUGAACUAAUCCCUGCUGCUCCCCGUUAGCUUCUAGUAAAUCUGUCUACUGUUAGUGCCGCCGAGGCUCAUGGAUCCGCCCAGAGAGGAGGAAGUGUUUGCAGACGCCGAAGAUCCCUUUCCUCUGAAGGAAGAACAGGAGGACGAGGAGGAAGAAGAGGAGGAAGAAGUAGAUGCAAAGAUCUUCAACACCUGGAUGCAGCAGUUCAGAGGAGGGGACCAUCAGAAGAAGCUGGCGCAGGAAGAGAAGGAUGAGGACGAGGAGGAGGAGGAUGUAGAGUCAGAAGGAGAAAGACCUGAGAGCAGGUGCGGCUUGGAGCCUCCGGUCCAGAUGAGGACGGACCGCCGCUCGUCUUUGCCCUGUCCGGCCACUCUCUCGUCCAUGCAGCUGUCUCGCCUUCACUCUUCUACUUGUGCUCCAGUGACAGCGAGGGUUUUGCUGCGACGUUCCUCCUCGCGGCGUCUCCUUCCCGCCCCACAGGAAUCUGCCGCCCCCCCACCAGAGCGAAGGCCCUCACUCAUACCCACCAUCCCUGAAGCCGUGCCCCCGGAGAGGCGGGCUCAGUUCAGGCGACGUAACGUCAUGUCAUUGAGUGACGCCUACAGCAUGUGUUUGAUCUGUCAUAAUGACUUAAGUCAAGGUUCAGGAGGAACUAGAGAGCUGCAGUGUACUCACACCUUCCACAAAGAGUGCAUAGAGGAGUGGCUGUGGAGGAAACAGUGCUGUCCAACCUGUCACGUUCAGGUCGCCAUGCCUCAGCCCCUCUACUGGAACUCCACCAGGGUCAAGGUCCCCUAAGACAGAAACAAGUUUUCAAACGCCUCGUCUGAGGUCAUUACUACCUCAGACAUUGUUCUGAAAAGAUGGCAGAGAUAUCCGCUGGACAUGUUCUGAAACAAGGACUCUGUAGUAAAACUCGCCUGGUUUACAAACUGCCUGAGGUGAAGGUUCCUCGACCACUGCAAGACUGUGAGAGUGAUCCAGGUAUGGAUUACUGUAACUCUUUAUUUGUAAUUCUAAAGAAAAUUGAAAAUCAAUCCACUGGACUUUGUUUCCAAGUUUGAAGACGUUUCUCUUCCAUCCAGGAAGAUUUUUCAGUUCAAAAUGUCAGAAAUAGCGUUUAGUUCCAGGUUUUACCCAGCAG